CACACAGCAAAGAGCUACUAAAAGCAAACUCUACUCAAAGACAGAAACUUCUGAACUAUUAUCUUCAAAAAUAAGAAACUCAUCAUGAGCAGUCGAAGACCAGCAGAGGAUGGUAAAAACAUGGAGGACGUCUCUAAACAUGAACCCACCCUACACAGUUGGUUAAAGAUGGACCAGGCAGGCAUGAACGCUCUGGGGCAACGUUUUGAGCACUGGACCCAGCAAGUGUCUCAUCUGGAGAAGCAGAGAGACGAGCUGAUCCAGGAGCUGCUCGCUCUGCGGGAACCCAUGCUGCAGGUGGUGGAGCUCCUCAGAGAGAAGCUGGUGGAUGCACAGAGGCGGCUCGCCCUGGCUCAGCUGGAUUAUAAGGCUGUUCAGGUGGAAGUGCUGCAGGUGAAGAGGAAACUGUUCACCACGGCCAGAGGCUGCAUCCAGAGCCAGGUGACCCUGGCAGCACAGCAGUACGAGGUGGCUCAGUCUGCUGUGACGCAGGAGGAGCUGAAGGUCCACCUCCAGCAUCUGACCCAGGAGUUAUCCCAGCUGCAGGAUGAUCAUCAGAACCAGCUGAACUCCAUCCGGGAUCAGGCCUCGAGGCCCCGCAGACCCAGGGCCAUGAGCGACGUCGGCCAGUGCCGGCGGGCUUCCAUCAGCCUGCAGCGGCGGCUCAGCGGCAGCGCGAGGGCCCUGGAGGGCUGGUACGAGCCUCGGCUCAUGGCCCUGCUGAAGAGGAGGCAGAUUGGAGAGGAAUCGGUGAGGAACUGCAGGGAGCAGGUGACAGACCUGAGAGCCCGCCUGGGACCCCUGAUACAGGACACGCAGAGACUGGAGAUGCAGAGAUCCUUUCUGGAGAGAAAGAUUCAACUUAUGGAAACGGAGAGGGAGGAGAGCAUCGCACAUCAGCAGGAGAUGGAGCAGAAAGCACAGGAGACGCUGACAGAGCUUCAGGUGGAGUUUGAAGAACAGAAACAAUCUAGAAACGAUUUGGAGCAACUCACAAACAGCCUUAAAACAGAGCUCAUGAUACUGAGAGCAAAGGAUGAGCCCACUAACAGCUCAGCAGCAGACCAACAAUCGCUGGAGAAUUCCUCCUAAACGGAUCAAACAUUUCAAUUUCAUCAUUUGCUGCACGGUCCAAACCCGUUUUAAUGAAAUCAUCUUGUUUGCAAUUUAAUCUGUAACAUGCACCGUCAAGAAACAAAGCAUACAGCUUUACUGUAAAUAUUUUAUUAUGAAUAUACUUAAGUACACAAAAGAUCAGAUGUAGCACAGAAACAAACGAAACGCAGAAAUUAAAACAUACAAAGGACAUACAAAGGACAA